GCUCCGGACCCGUCACCGCUGCCCUGGAUGUCGCCCUCCACCGCUGUCGCCGCGUCCCCGGGGUGUCCCCGUCGCUCCGGAACGUCUCUGCUGCCCAGGAUCCUCGCUCUCCGUCGCCGCCAUUACGUCGCUACGCACGCCGCUCCUAUUGGAUGACGGGACGGCGUGCGCGACGACGUGAUGACGACGAAGGAGAGCGCCGGCCAUGCAGGGGAUCCCUGCACGGAGCAGUCAUUUGCAGAUCGGACACCCAGAGGCAGGUAGGGUCCCUCCCGGUGUCCUGUAAGCUGUUCGGGACGCCGCGAACAGCCCGACUGAGCAGCCGGGUUAGUUUCACUUUCGCUUCAGACGCGGCGGUCAGCUUUGAUCGCCGCGUCUGAAGGGUUAAUACAGGGCAUCACCGCGAUCGGUGAUGUCCUGUAUUAGCCGCGGGUCCCGGCCGUUGAUGGCUGUCGGGACCGCCAUGAUAUGACAGGGUUUUAAUGUGUAUUUUUCAGUUUUGGGGAAGAAAAAGUGCGUCUUAUACGGCAAAAAAUACGGUAUAUGCUAUCACCAUGUGACCAGAUCUCCAUUCUAGUGUCAAUGACAUUAAUAAAUGUUGAACUUGUUCCUCUGGUUGUAAUAUAUUUCGUAAAAAUUUGAAAAAUAUAAUAAUCAGUCUGUUGUUCCAGAUACAGAUGUAAUGCCGAUUACCAGAGGACUACCAAAGCAUGCUGGGGGGGAUUCUGAACUCCACGUUGAGCCCUUGUGGCAGCAGCUUGGACAGUUAAAAAAUCCACCUUAAUUCCUUCUUCAUUAAUAGGGCUAAGCGAUCCCCACCCCUCUUAGGUGGUGGGACACAAUCUAGAAUCAUGAAUCUCAUGAAGAUCACGUUCUGUAUGUCCGAAUUCAGCAAAAUGUUUAGCAACUGGUAAGUCCAACCUCUAGAUAUAUCUAUGGUUGUUUAAUCUAGUUUUCAUAUCACAUUUGGUCUCGCCAACAUAUAGAAGUUGGCAUGGGCACCAAAGUCCAAAGAUAACAUAACACGAAUCACAUGUUAGGUAAUGGUUAAUCCUAUAUUUCUUCUUGGUCCCUGGAUGUUCGAACAUAGACAUGAGACUACAAUUCACACAAGACCUACAUGGAAAGGAACCCUUAUUCAUUGUCCAAAAUAUCUCUGUUGCACAGGACGGGCUACCGAUAUAUGAGCCUAGAGCAGCAGCCCCUGAUCAUGUGACUCCUCCUCCUCCAUGUGACUGAUCACCUGACUGUGACAUCAUCGCAGGUCCUGUUAGUACACUUCCUGUACAGCUCUGCAGAUGAAGCUUAUGAACCAGGCUGAAAAUAUGAACAAUAUUAAUACUCCAACGACAGAUGUGAGCGGUGAUGAGCAGUAUAAGGAGGACAUUCCUACAGGGAAAGAUCUGAUCUAUAUUAAUGCUACAGACAUAAAGGAAAAAGAAGAAGAGGCAGAUGUGAGUGGUGAUGAGCAGUAUAUGGAGGACAUUCCUACAGUGGAAGAUCCAAUCUAUAUUAAUUCUACAGACACAAAGGAAGAUAAAAAAGAGACAGAUUUGAGCGGUGAUGAGCAGUAUAAGGAGGACAUUCCUGCAGGAAAUGAUCUAAACCAUAUUAAUGCUCCAGACAUAAUUGUAAAAGAAGAAGAGACAGAUGUGAGCGGUGAUGAGCAGUACAUGGAGGACAUUCCUACAGGGAAUGAUCUGAUCGAUAUCAAUGCUCUAAACAUAAUAGUAAAAGAAGAAGAGACAGAUGUGAGCGGUGAUGAGCAGUAUAUGGAGAACAUUCCUACAGUUAACCACCCAGAUGACUGUACCAGGAGAUCAGAGGAGAAUCUUAAAUCUUCAGAUUAUAAAGCAGAUGAUAUCACACAAGAUACAUAUGAAGAACAUUCCAUUAUCUCAGCUACAUCCUCUGCCCUUCACAGCCGAGAUCUCUCAUCUCAUCCUGUUAUACAAGUCCGACCUAAAGAUUCAUCUCAGUCUGUUAAGCAAAAUAAGGAGAAGCCAUUUUCAUGUCCAGAAUGUGGGAAAUGUUUUACUCACAAAUCAGAUCUUGUUAAACAUAAAAGAAUUCACACAGGAGAGAAGCCAUUUUCAUGUUCAGAAUGUGAAAAAUGUUUUACUCGGAAACCAGAUCUUGUUAAACAUCAGAGAAUUCACACAGGAGAAAAGCCAUUUUCAUGUUCAGAAUGUGGGAGAUGUUUUACUGAGAAAUCAUAUCUUCUUAAACAUCAAAUAACUCACACAGGAGAGAAGCCGUUUUCAUGUUCGGAAUGUGGAAAAUGUUUCACUCAGAAAUCAAAUCUUGUUAAACAUCAAAGAACUCACACAGGAGAGAAGCCAUUUUUAUGUUCAGAAUGUGGAAAAUGUUUUACUCUAAAUUCAAUUCUUGUUGAACAUGUAAGAACUCACACAGGAGAGAAGCCAUUUUCAUGUACAGAAUGUGGAAAUUGUUUUACCCAUAAAUCACAGCUUGUUAUACAUAAGAAAAGUCACACAGGAGAAAAGCAAUUUCCAUGUGAAAAAUGUGGAAAAUGUUUUACUCUGAAAUCAGAUCUUGUGAAACAUCAAAUUAGUCACACAGAAGAGAAGCCAUUUUCAUGUUCAGAAUGUGGAAAAUGUUUUACUCUGAAUUCAAUUCUUGUUGAACAUCAAAGAACUCACACAGGAGAGAAGCCAUUUUCAUGUUCAGAAUGUGGAAAAUGUUUUACUCUAAAAUCUGUUCUCAUGAAACACCAAAAAACGCACUUAGGCGAUGAUUCAUUUUCAUGUUCAGAAUGUGGAAAAUGUUUUACUCAGAAAUCAAAUCUUGUUAAACAUCAAAUAACUCACACAGGAGAGAAGCCAUUUUCAUGUUCAGAAUGUGGGAAAUUGUUUACUCAGAAAUCAAUACUUAUCAGACAUCAAAGAGUUCACACAGGAGAUAAGCCAUUUUUGUGUCCAGAAUGUGGUAAAUAUUUUACUCAGAAAUCAGUGCUUAUCAGACAUCUAAGAAUUCACACAGGAGAAAAGCAAUUUUCAUGUCCAGAAUGUGGGAAAUGUUUUACUCGGAAAUCACAUCUUGUUAAGCAUCUAAGAACUCACACAGGAGAGAAGCCAUUUUCAUGCUCAGAAUGUGGAAAAUGUUUUAGUCAGAAUUCAAAUCUUGUUGACCAUAAAAGAAUUCACAUAGGAGAAAAGCCAUUUUCAUGUCCAGAAUGUGGGAAAUGUUUUACUCACAAAUCAGGUUUUGUUAAUCAUCAAAGAAUUCACACAGGAGAGAAGCCAUUUUCAUGUUCAGAAUGUGGAAAAUGUUUUACCCAGAAAACAGAUCUUGUUAAACAUCAAAGAAUUCACACAGGAGAGAAGCCAUUUUCAUGUUCAGAAUGUGGGAAAUUUUUUACUGAGAAAUCAGAUCUUGUUAAACAUCAAAGAAUUCACACAGGAGAAAAGCCAUUUUCAUGUUCAGAAUGUGGGAAAUGUUUUACUCAGAAGCCAGAUCUUGUUAAACAUCAAAGAAUUCACACAGGAGAAAAGCCAUUUUCAUGUUCAGAAUGUGGGAAAUGUUUUACUCAGAAAUCAAAUCUUGUUAAACAUCAAAGAAAUCACACAGGGGAGAAUCCAUUUUAAUGUUAAGAAUGUGGAAAAUAGUUUUAGUCUAAAUUCAAUUCUUGUUAAACAUCUAAAAACUCACACCAGAAAGAAGCCAUUUUCCUGUUCUGAAUGUGGGAAAUGUUUUUCUGUGAAAUCACAUCUUAUCAAACAUCUAAGAAUUCACACAGGAGAGAAGACAAUUCGGAGCAAUAAAUGAUGCAGAUAACACAUCUAUAUAUUAACCAUGUACAUAGGAUAUCUGACAUUUAUACAUAUAUCAUAUACUGCAUCUCCAAACUUGUUCCCAAUUGUUAAUAAAAGUUUUCUUUUAGA